GAUUGCCCGGAUGAGACUGGCCGCCAUUUUUACCCCAUCCUCUCUGCUGCCGGUUGGGCGGAACACCGUUCGAAUCGACCCAGUUGGUUUCUAGGAACCGCUGACAGACCAGCCAGGCAGGCAUAUUAUCGUGCUCCCCCAUCCCGACAAGCCCAUUUGUCAUUUUAGACGGAUCAACACGAGCGGUUCUAUUCGCAAUGGCUGAGCGAGAUGAAUGCGUUUACCGGGCAAAACUCGCUGAGCAGGCCGAGCGAUAUGACGAGAUGGUGGUGUUUAUGAAGAAUGUGGCGGGCAUGGAUGUGGAGCUCACAGUGGAGGAGAGGAACCUACUAUCAGUGGCUUACAAGAAUGUGAUUGGCGCUAGGAGAGCUUCCUGGAGGAUAAUCAGCAGCAUUGAACAGCGAGAUGAGAGCAAGGGUGAAGAAGAGAAAUUGAAGAUGGUCCGGGAGUACAGGAAAACGGUUGAAGAUGAGCUGAAGUCAAUCUGUGGUGACAUUCUGGAGGCGUUGGAAAGACACCUACUCCCCUCCGCUGUUGCUGGAGAGUCCAAAGUCUUCUAGAACAAAAUGAAGGGCGACUACCACCGGUACUUGGCAGAGUUUGCCACAGGCAAUGGCAGAAAAGAAGCAGCCGAGCAGAGCCUGGUGGCCUACAAAACCGCUACUGAUCUUGCCACGACAGAGCUGCCACCCACUCACCCCAUUCGCCUUGGCCUCGCGCUCAACUUCUCCGUCUUCUACUAUGAGAUCCUCAACUCACCGGAUCGUGCUUGCAGGUUGGCAAAGGCUGCGUUUGAUGACGCAAUUGCAGAACUGGACACGCUGAGUGAAGAUAGCUACAAAGACUCCACACUUAUCAUGCAGUUGUUACGCGACAACCUGACAUUAUGGACUUCAGAUAUGCAGGGAGAAGGAGAAGAACAGACCACAGAAGCACUGCAGGAUGUGGAGGACGAAGCACAGACUUAGAGAAGACUUGGUCACUAUCAGCCAACAACUUGUGACCCCCAAAACUCAACCAACUGACGCCCCUUGACCUCCUUGAUUUUCCUCCCUCUUGUCCCGCCCCCUUUCCCUCCCCGCUCUUGUCUUCAGCCUCUGCUACUCCAGGACCCAACAGGGCCCCAGAGGUUGAUCAGUUUGUUUUUCCUCGUUUUUUUUUCCAUGUUUUUUUUUUGUUUUGUUUUGUUUUACAUUUUACAUAAGCCCUUACACCUCUACCACUUCAUUCAGUCAGGAAAUUCAAUGUUAGAGAGACAAAGAGAAGCCCCUGGGUUUUAUUUUAUUUUGUUCCUGGUACACGUUUUCUUUGUAUGUUUCUUUUUGCUUUUCCUCAAUAUUUUUAUCAGUUGCUGGAUGUAUUGAGAAUCUUUCUUAAUGUAAUUACAGAAAUUAACUUUUAUUACUGAAAAUGUUGACUAUUAAUUAAUGGGAGCUAUUUUAUCUUUGUUUUUAGUGAUUCAAUGUUAACUUUUUCAUGGGCACUUUGGAGAGCUGCAAGUGUCUUUGUUUUUUUAUGUUUGUAUUUCGGAGGACGUUGGCAACAUUUGUGAUAUCCACGUGGGGCAAAGAAGUGCUAUUACACGGCAGUCUUUUUUUCUCUUCUGUUUGAUGUAGGUGUCUUUGGACUGUACUUUGUGCUCGAUACUGUAACAGUGCACAUACGCCUGAAGGUUGCAUUAUCACUUGCUGUUUGAAUCAUGGGUAGGGAAAAAAAGACAAGUCUCAGUUUGGCCCUACUUCAUAGAGAGCCUAAAAACACAGUUGUUUGCGCUCGCAAGUAUUCUUUUCUGGAGCUUUCCACAACUUUGUACUAAACUUCCAUUUGGUUGAGUGCGUGUUUCACUGCAGGUUCUUUUGCUUCUCUUGUUUUGCUGCAUCUUGUGUAACUUGGAGCUAAUUUGUACUACUGGAUAUCUGACUGGAGCCACAGACAGGGAAUCUGUAUUGUUCUUACUGAAACACAGCAUGGAAUUAACAUUAAACAAUCUAAAUUAAAAGAAGAAA